AUGGCUGCCUCCAAUGCUUUGCUCAACUACAACAAGACACAAACGCUUUCUCUUUCAGGUCUCCCUCAACCGCAUUGGAUUCAAUUCUUGGCUUCCAAAGGCAUUUCCUCAUGGCAUGAUCACUCAUCCUCGACACCACUGAUAUACCUUGGUUACGGUCUCUUCAUCAACCGCCAACAACGCUCCUCUUUCGUUGACACUCUUAUCUCUACCAUCCGUACCUCCUGCCAACUACAUUCUACUCGCAACCUGACACUGCGUGGGCGUGUUACGGUUCUGAACUCCUUGAUUCUUUCCAAACUAUGGCAUGUCCCACGCCUGGUCACCUUCACACCGUCAGAAUUUAAAACCAUACAAUCCAUCAUUUCUUCCUUUGUUAACCGGAAUGCCAAGAUGACUCGCUUCGCCUUUGAUACACUCACCUUACCCCGUUCCCAGGGUGGUCUCAGGCUUUUUAAUCCUGCCCAGCAAGCCAAUGCCCUUCAGUGGCGUUGGCUCCAACCACUUCUUCAUCCUGAUCAACCAUCGCCCUCAUUAAUGCCUUCCCUUCCAGUCCUUCGGUCCACACUUUCCUUUUCCCUUGGCUCUACUCGGUUUCCUUCCUACCACUGGCCCCUCCUUUUUCCUCCAUGUCGCCCUAAUUGUCUUCCUGAUAUUGGUCCUGUCUUCAACAUCAUCCGUGCUGUUGACUCUAUCCAAAGAAAUUUCAAUUACUGUUUCGUUGACAUCCCCACCAUCUUACGUCUUCCUUUCCUCUCCCUUCUUCAACACUCACUCCGCCCUUCCAAUCCUCUCGCGCCCACAUUCUCCCCUCCCUCCACCAUCCUUCACGAACAUAUCACCAUUCGUCUUCAUCUUUAUGGCUCUGACAUCUUUGAUUACAAUCCCAAUACCCUUACCCUUGACCUCAAACAAUCCUUACACAAUCUCCCUCACCCCACCUCCAGUUCUCGAGCCAUUAUCAUGAUCCGAUCCCACUUUCUCCUUUUUAACAUGUUCACCCUCCAAGCCAUGAUUUUACAUUUCCCCAGACCCCUCCUUACCACCUCGCAACCAGAUAUCACUACUCCUCCUACCACUGAUUCCUUCCAUUUCUUAUUAACAUCAAUCGUCUCUUGUCACCUUGAUUUACAAUCCUUUCAAUUCCAGAUAGCUCCUCCAUCUACCAAGGGCUUCAAAUCCCUUCCUCCCUCAUCUCCCUCGAAGACUCCACCAAAAAUCCUGGCACCUUCCAAAUGGCAAAUGUUUUGGUCCUUACGCCUUCCCUUGAAUGCAAGAAACACAUGGUACCGCGUGCUUCAUGGCAAGAUCGCUACUAGAGAACUGCUACAGAGUCGCCUCAAAACUCCUUCUGACCCUAUCUGCUCUAUAUGCAAUUCAUCCAUGGAGACUACAGAGCAUUUUCUCUUUGCUUGUCCUGCCAAACGCUCCUUAUGGUCCGCUGCCUUCAACAUGUGUAUGCCAUCCUCAGUUACACAGAAUACUUACUCCAAUUUCAGAAAAUUCCUACUUUUAGAACAACACCCGUCUCAACAACAUCAUCCAGUAUACCCAGACCUUUCAGUCCACCAGGUCUUUGCUUGUAUGCUGCAGACUGUAUGGUAUUACCACUAUCAGCACCACUUUAACAACAUUCCCUUUCUACCUUCCAUUCUCCUUCUAUAUCUUCAGAAACCUCCCACAACCUUACAUUCCCAGGAAAACCUAGAUCAACUUCUCUAA